AUGUGCAGAAAUGGAAUGAAUAGAGUACUAGGUACAUGCACCCUGCACGCAAAGCAAUACUAUGAAGAAUCUACACAUGCAUACUCCACUUCAGAUAUACUGUGUAUAUUCUAUCAUGAUUUUAAAAUUUUUAAUGGCUUUCUCAGUGCAUAA